UCAAACUCCUCCAAAUACACCAAAGAAGGUUUAAAAAAACAAAUAAAAAUGGCUGGAGAGGAGUUCUUGAAACUGUUCGAGUACAACUGGUCGGAGAGACUGGUCUUCAAGAAAGACAAAGACUCUUUGAAACUCAAUGAAGAAGUUCCAGAGAAAACGGAAGAUAAAGAAGAUCAAGAUGUGAAGAAUUUUCUUGUAAAGAGGGCUAUGAGUGAUGAGACGAUGAUGAUGAUGAUGACGAGUUCUGUUUCAUCAUCAGAUGGUUUCUUCUCAUCUCCUAGAUCGGUCUUAGCCGUUAAAGCAUCGCCGACGAAGCUCCAGACGAUUCUCUCCGGUAAAGAAGUCAACGAGUUCUCAACUGCGGAAAGAGACGGAGUACUUUCUGAAAAGUCAGACAAGGAAGAACAAAGGAAGAAGAAGCAGAACGAUGUAAGAAGAAGAACGAGAAGGGGAAAGAGUAUGUCGGAUUUGGAGUUCGAGGAGCUUAAAGGGUUUAUUGAUCUUGGUUUUGUCUUCUCCGAGGAAGACCAAAGAGAUUCAGAGCUGGUCUCGAUUCUUCCUGGAUUGCAAAGGUUAGUGAAGAAAGAUGAUGGAGUAGGUGACGUAACAGAGGAAGAAGACAUAAGCAACAUAAACAGACCAUAUUUGUCAGAAGCAUGGGAUCAUUGUGGAGGGAGGAAAGGGAAGAGGCAUAUAACUUCGGCGAUAAAGUGGAAAGUUCCAGCUGUGCCUGAGGUGAAAGAAGUUGAGUUGAAAGAUCAUUUGAAACAGUGGGCUCAUGCGGUGGCUUCCACUAUCAGAUGAUGAUGUUAACACAAAGUCUGAGAAAGGAAGCAGGAAAUGGAAAAUCUCUUAAGAGUUUGGACGGAUCCUUGGUGUGAUUUUGGGGGGAGAUUUAAUCCUUGGAUGAAGAAACCUCUCAUUAACCUUUGAUAUGAUGGUUAGUGAAUUGAGAGAUCAAGAGACUGGUGAAUGGAAUAAAUCUGUUUUAGACGACAAUUUCUUUCCGGGGGAUGUGGAAAUAAUUCUAAAGAAGAAGACGGUCUCCACAAGUGAUGAUUUUUGGUGCUGGAAACACAACUUGAGUGGAGAUUACUCGGUGAGAUCAGGUUAUUGGCUAGCUUGUAAUACAAAUCUGAGAGAUGAAUUUGUUGAAGCUAGAAUGCAACCUUCAAUAAAUUGUUUGAAAGAGGCAAUAUGGAAUCUCGCAACAGAGCCAAAGAUUAAGGCCUUCUUGUGGAGAACUCUCUCAGAGGCGAUUCCGGUAGCUAGUACUCUACGUUUUAGAGGAAUACAUGUGGUAUCGAAAGUGAGACUCCAAAUCAUGUUCUUUUCACAUGUUCACAUGUUCUGUGGCCAGACAGGUUUGGGCUCUAUCAAAUUUCCCUACACCUCAGUAUGGGUUUCUAUCUUUGUGAACAUGUUCUAUUUGAAUCAGAUGAGCAAAAAUAUUAGGAUUCCCUUGGAGAUAAGAAGAAGCUAUCCAUGGACUCUUUGGCUUAUUUGGAAGAACAGAAACAAAUUUUUGUUUGAAGGCUGUGAGAGUUCAGCUGUAGAUAUCGUUGACAGGGUGCUUGAGGAUGCUUCAGUGUGGUUUCUUGCGCAACAACUUGACAGAGAAGGUGAAACUGUGGACCUCACGUUGCGUAAGGGUCAAGGAAAAAAGUGGAUGAAACCUCCAGAUAAAUGGGUUAAAUGCAACUUUGGAGUUCAUUGGGAUACAAAUUCUCUGAUUACAGGUGCUUCUUGGAUUGUCAGAGAUAAAGAUGGAGAAACUAUUAUGCAUAGCAGAAGAUCUUUCGCUAACAUCUCCAAUCUUAAAGAGGCUAAGUUUAUAGCUCUGUGUUGGACUUUGGAGAGCAUGGCUUCCCACCGUUUUGACAAUGUGAUAUUUGCAGGAGAGGAAGCGGUUCUUCUCAAUGUUAUUGAUCGUCCGAUGGUCUGGCCUUCUUUUAAAUUUGAAUUUCAAAUACUGCAGAGAGCUUUGAGGAUGAUCAAACAGAUGGAAAGUUAAAGUUGAAUUGCGUUGCACAAACAGAUGCGCUUUUCUCAUUGCUAGAAGUGCUUCUUUACCUCACUGGGCGCAAUCGUAUGUUGCUAGGAGUUCUCCUCUUUGGUUAGCUUCUACUCUGGCUGAUGAGAAAAUCUGAUCAUCUUUUUGGUUUUUUGUUCUUCCGAACUAACAGGAAGUUGUAAUAUUUGAAUCUCUGUACGAGAUUGGCGUUGUAAUUAUGGGUUGUUGGGAUGUUUGUGGAAAAA